AUGGCAGUUAUUGGUCAUGUUUUCAGCUUCUUCGUCGACUUCAAUGGCGCCAUUGAGAAGGGAAGAAAGCAUUUCUCUCCCUCGCGCGAUCCGUUUGCUAUGACAGUAGCCGGACAAACAAUAUACGUUUUAACGUCUCCAGAUGACAUUAGUGGCGUUUGGAAGAACUCGAAGACUAUCUCCAUAGACCCAAUUACGAUGGACAUGUAUAUUCUAGGGGGCAUCUCGGGAAAAAGUCGCGAAGUUAUGUUCCAUCAACACCCAACAGCGCGCUACAAUGAAGGAACCGGCCGCCCUCUAACGCCCACACAAAUGGCAAUCGAAUUACAUCAUCAACAGCUUCACGCUGGUCUAAAGCUAGACUCUCUCCUACAAGACAAAGUGAUUCCGAGUUGUUUCAAGAAGCUAGACAUGGCAGAUGCAAUGAAUACAGCCAUCCUCAGUCGCUCAGAGGACUCCGUCAUCAUAUCGUUGCACGACCUUUGUGUCGACAUCUUCGUCACAGAGGUAACACAGGCUUACUUUGGUCCUGCACUCUUACAGAAGUCACCAAAUCUCAUUAGCGCAUUCCUGAAUUGGGAAUACUGCGGCUGGAAAUUUCUCUUUAUGCUCCCAGAUAUUCUUGCGCGAGAUAUGACAAAAACAAAGAGAACGAUAAUAGAGGCAUUUGCGAACUACUAUCGACAGCCGCGGACCCGCCGCCCAGGCUCCAUUUACUUCGUCGACUCGUUGGAGGACAUGCUCGCGGAGGUUGGCUUGACGACAGACGAGAUGGGGAAGUUCACUCUCUUGCAUUACUGGGCGUAA